AGUCCGAUAUGACAAUCUCGAAAACUCAAUCUACUACCUUGCUUGAUCGCUGUUGAAGCUUUGAGGAACCCCAAGUUUUAUGUUUUAUAGCUUCAAUUGAUUCCAAUCGUCGCCCCGCUGACGCUGCAGAACGACGAGAGUCAUUACGAUAUGAGUACCAGUGGGCGCAUCAUCAAGAUCACUAUCUAUCAUAAUUCCUCACCAUACGAGGUCUCUCUCCCUGCUGAAUCUACUUUCGGGGAUGUUAAGAGACUGCUUGCACACAAUAUGGGUUUAGAGCCUAAAGAGCAAAUACUCAUCUUCCGAGGAAAAGAAAAGCAGGAUAGAGAGCAUUUGCACUUGGAAGGUGUUAAGGACAAUUCAGAGUUAUUUCUUUUUGAGGACCCUGCUAGCAAAGGGAGGAAACUUGAGGAAACCAGGAAAGUGUUCGAUAUGUCAGGAGCUCUUGAAGCUGUUGCUGGAGUUAGAACGGUGGUGGAUCAGCUCUCUGAGAGGAUGGCUGCCAUAGAGGUAGCUGUGAAAUGGGGAACCGAUGUUGCAGAGAAUGAAUUUCUUACCUUGUCUGAGUUGCUUAUGAGGCAAUUGCUGAAACUGGAUUCUAUUCAGGCUGAAGGUGAAGCAAGGCUGCAGAGAAAAGCUGAGGUAUGUCGAGUGCAGAGCAUUGUUGAUAGAUUGGAUUCUCUGAAGGAGAUGAACUCCAAGCCUUCUAGCAAUAAUGUCAAUGCAUUCCGAGACAGAAAUGAGGGGACCAUUGACUCUGGAAUGGGAAGCAUGAAUGUCCCACCCCCAAUGCCAUCUUCAGGAGAAUUAAUUCAAGAUUUGGAGCAGCUAACUUGUUCUGAGAAUGGUGAAUAUGAACUUCGAAGUUUAGAUGAGGCUAGGGAUCCAAGCCUUAGUGAGGCUUUGGUCAGGAGAAGAGGGAAGCGCUUAGACUUGGGUGCUCCAGUUCAGGAGGGGACUGAAAUAGGGGCCACCUCUGGGGCUAAUGAAUUGGAACAAGAUCCCUUGGAUUGUGCUCAACCUGACUUUCAUAUCAACUCCUCUUACGCUACUGGAGAUGCCAGACCUCAAAUUGAGGGAGAUCUACAAGGGGAAGUGAGCCCUCAGAUAUCUCGACUCCCUGAAACACGGAAUGACGAGACUCUGGCUAAUGGUAGUUUUCUCUUUUCACGAAUUCAAUCACUUCCUGUCCGUGCCUCGACAUCUGGAGACUCUUUAGAGGAAGACACUUACGUCAAUGUUGGGGAGAUCCUGCAGCUCAUCUUACCUUCCCCUGCUGUUACAAGAGCUUCUGCAAAUGUGUCCACAAACGUGGCAAAAAGUGUGGCUGUGUUGUGUGAACUAGACGAUAAAGCCACCAAACUAAUGGAGAUAGCCUUCAACAAAUAUCCCAACCUAAUGAUCAUUAGGUCUGAUAGAAGGAAGACCUUUAUCCGUUGGAUGUUUUGCUCUUUAUCCAAUCUCCUUCAACUACUUUCAACUACAUCUCCCAGCACGUUGGACGCGCCGAAAAUGAGCGAGAUUGAAGUUGUGCUUGGAGAGCUUGAGACUUUUGGCUUUGAUGCUGGGUUCAUUGAUGAGAUGCGCUUGCAGGUGAGUGAGGCUUGGGAGACUCAGUCAGCUAUAGACAAUGCCACUUCAGAGUUGAAGACACUGUGCGCAAAGGCAGAAGAUCUUAACCAAGAGAUUGCUAGCAUGGAGCAUGGUUUAGCAGCUGCCAAGGCUGAGGUUGCACAGGUUGAAAAUAGAAUAAGCACUUUGUGUGAAUUGGUAGAAGAGAAUCGCACUCCUAUAGUUAAAUGGAUUGAAUGAGAUAAGGGAUUGCUGGAAGGUGGGUAUUUAGUUUCGUGCACAUAGAGCCCACAAAUAUAUCUUAACCUUAGUUAUAUAAAACGAUAUUUCGGAUGUGUUAAGCCUAAACAUUAAGUGUUGCAUGAAAUUCUUGUGUUAAUUUGGCAAGCUUUAUCAAUUAUUAUGUUCCA